GCUUCCAAAACAGCCAGAGUACAAGCGGGCAGGCCGGGGAGACUGGAGGCUUUCUGUAAAGCUUGGUGUGGAGAAACAGCUAGUUUCCACACACUCUGUUAUGUAAAUGCGCCUUUUGGGUUUUUUUGUCUUGUUUUGUUCACUCUUGCACUCCUGACCUAUGCUGAGGCCCACGUGGAAGAUGCACGGAGGUCACGGACGGUUGCCGUGGUACUGCAGCCGUGAAAACGACUGAGAACAGAAUCUUAUGUACACUGAUGUUUUUGGCUUUUUGGGUUCUGGCUUUUGGUCAUUGGGUAUGUUUUGGUGGAAGUUAGUAGCCAUACUGCACCUGUGGCUCUUGGUGGACAGAACGAUCUGUGGCCCAACAAAAUCUUCAUCAUGCUGGGGUGGACAACCAUGGGCUUUGGGGAACUGGAGCUGUGUGGGAUCAGAGCCUUUCCUACUUAUUGGCCUUGGGAACGCCAUUCUGCGGAUGAAGCUUGAUGGCGGGGGUCAGGAGCGGGUCGUGUCCGGAGUAGGAAAAUCCAUGCUCCUGGACUUCCACUUUAAGGCUGGGAGACUGUACUGGAUAAACACACACAGUGGGGUCCUGAGCCAGGCAGACUUGGACGGAACGAACAAAAAGAAAGUUCUUUCACUGGGGAAAGGAAUCUCGGGGCUGGCUGUUGACUGGAUAGAAAACAAAAUAUUCUGGAGCAGCAGGAAAAGAGGCACAAUCCAGCGAGUGGACAGUGAUGGGAAAAACAAAACGACUGUUCUUAGAAACCUCUCUCAGCCUAGCAGUCUGGCGAUUGACGCAAAUGAAAGAUUUCUCUUCUGGCUGUCUGCUGGAGUGACCCCCAGUAUCCAACGCUCAGACACUGCGGGCAGAGUGAGGACCACGGUGUUGAAGGUGCCGGACAGACUGCUGGCCUUAGCUGUAGACGCUGUGGACAGGAGGCUGUUCUGGGUUCAGCAGGGUUCGGGUAAACCAGGCGCUUUGGGGUCAUGUGAUUACAAUGGCAACCUUAUCAAUGUCGUCAGUCAGCCAUUAAGGUCCAAAUCUCUGAAGAUGUCCAUUUUCCUGGAUUAUGUGUACAUGACGGACUCGGCAUCUAACAGCGUAACACGAGUUAACAAGUUAACAGGAGGCCGUCCCAAAAAGGUGAACUCCAAAAAGCUGCUGCAUGCUCUGGCUGAUGUUAAAGUGAUCCAUCCCAUCAAUCAGCCUGUAGCAGAAGUCAGUGGCUCCCUCACUUCUGUUUGUGACCCUCAGACGGAUGACUGUAUGAGUGUGUGUUCUAGCCUUGGAGGAUCUGGUCAGUGUAACUGCAGAAAGGGCUUCACCCUCAACAAACAGGGUGGCUAUUGUGAAGAUAUAAAUGAAUGCGCUCUGUGGAAUCAUGGCUGCUCUUUGGGCUGUGAGAACAUCCCUGGCUCUUACUUCUGCACAUGUCCCGAAGGCUACCUUCUACUGCCGGACACCAAAACCUGUCGAGAGAUCCAGCCGUGUGUGGAGAAUGCUACACUCUGUGAUCACGCAUGCACACACACGCAGGAGGGAGAUGUUUGUGUGUGUCCAGUUGGAUCCGUGCUACAACCUGAUGGACAUUCCUGCAAAGGCUGUCUGUCUGCGGAUGGCGGUGGCUGUAGUCAGGUGUGUGUGACGCUGUCACCUGGCAGGUGGGAGUGUGAGUGCCAACCUGGAUACCAACUGCAGCCAGAUGGCCAACAGUGCAAAGCCACAGGUCCUCCAGCGUUCUUGUUGUUUGCUAACGGGGUGGACAUCAGGAGUGUCAGUAUGGAUGGGUCAGGGAGCAGGAUGCUGCUGGAGGAUCCUGAAGGUUCCCUCAGAGCUGUGGACUAUGACCCAGUGCAGAGUAUGGUUUAUUUUGCCAGCCCUGAACGGAAGCAGAUUGAGAGGAUCUCCAUGGACGGAGAAUCCAGAGAGCUGUUGCUCUCCACUGGGCCAGACUCAUCACCCGAGGGACUGGCUCUGGACUGGGUCAACCGCAAACUCUACUGGACAGACAGAGGCUCAUCCUCAAUUUGCCGUAGCGGUCUGGACGGUCAGGACAGGGAGAUGCUGAUUUUUAAGAAGCUGCUGAAGCCCCAAGGGAUCGCAGUCCACCCUCAGGCACAAAAGUUGUUUUGGACUGAUGUGGGCGGUCAUCCGGCAGUGGAGCGGUCACGUUUGGAUGGUCUGGGCCGUGAGGUGCUGGUCAGUGCUGGUCUGGUCACUCCAAGUGGCCUAGCUCUGGACUUCAGCUCACAGAGGCUCUACUGGAGUGACCUGACCACUGGAGUGAUAGAGUCUGCCAGAAUGGAUGGCUCUGACCGGCGUACACUCACACAGAACCAAGUAGGGCGGCCUUUUGCUGUGGCGGUGUUUGAGGACACUCUGUGGGUCAGUAAUUGGGGUGAUAAUCAGCUCUACCGGCUGAACAAGAAAACUGGACACAGCCCAGAGCCUCUCAGUGUUGAAAGUGUCCAUCCGGCUGCGAUUGUCAUCAUCCAUCCUCUCAAUAAACCAGGGGCAGAUAUCUGUCUCCAUGGAAACGGAGGGUGUUCCCAGCUGUGUGAGAGCAGACUGGGACUGGCUCAGUGCUCCUGUCACUCACAGCACAUCCUGUCGGCUGACGGUAAAACCUGCCUGUCCAAAAAAACAUCCUCCACAGGGUCAGGUGAUGGAGAAUGGAGGGAUCAUCUAAAGAACAAAACUCUGAAUGAUGAAAGUCUGCCCUCAGACUCAGGAGAACCAGCGGCCUUCACUGAGAAAAUGGUGUCUGAUCAGGACAAAUGUUUCUCUUUAAGCUGUGAUGUGAACGCUCAGUGCGUGCUGGAAGACACUGGUGCAGUUUGUCGCUGUCUGAGCGGCUUCACUGGAGAUGGACAGAUUUGUGUGGAUAUUGACGAAUGCACAGUGGGCUUUGCUGAGUGUGUGAGUGUUCGUUCUGAGUGUGUGAACACAGCCGGUGGAUAUUUCUGUCAGUGCAGAUCUGGAUUCAGUGGAGAUGGACACCACUGUAUAGAUAUUGAUGAAUGCAGGUUGGAGAUGCACAGCUGUGAUAUAAACGCUGAGUGCCUGAACACACAAGGACAUUACGAGUGCAGAUGUAGAGACGGAUUCAGCGGCUCAGGAUUCAACUGCCAUGCAAAAUCAAAGGACGCCCCCUUUAGGCCGACCACAAGCAGUACACCGGACGUCACUUCUCCAUGGCGACGCAGUGGCGUGGAGAGUUGUCCAUCCUCUUAUGAUUCAUACUGCCUGUACAAUGGAGUCUGUUUCUACUUCCCCGAGAUGGACUCUUAUGGCUGCAACUGUAUGCCAGGCUACAUGGGCGAACGCUGCCAGUUCAGUGAUCUGGAGUGGUGGGAGCUACAGCAGGCUGAGCAGGAGAAAAGGAGGAACAUGGUCAUCACUGUGUGUGUAGCGUUACUCAUCCUUCUGCUGGCCAUCACUGCCAGCACCAUCUUUUGCUACAGGUGCAGGAGGCUUUUAGGAGAGCGCCCCCCAGUGGACAGCAUGAGUGAGACAAGUAUGAGUGAGGACAGCAUAACAGAAACGCCAUCCAGCACACCGCAGUUAUAUGUAGUGUUACAGCAUGGCAUGCGCAAUAACGGGAAGAUGCUUCACACUGUGGCCUGUCAGAGAAGAACAGCAUGUCCAUCCUGCUCUGCAGAAACAGGUGAGAUCUGUGUUUCAGAAGACACUGGAACUCUGAAGACAGAAAAGACACAGUUGGAUUUGACAAAGUGCUCAAGUUCAUGUAACAACUCCAAACCUGGAACUCCUCCAAAGCCCAGUGAUAACCUCAUCUCUCUAGAUGACCCCCAGCCCAAAACCCCUCAGCCACUCUGAACCCUGCAGUUGUUUCUCUUUCUAAUGCAAUCAGUGUGUGGAGGGCACACUGUGCAUCAAACGUUUGGAGACACCUAGCCUUUCAGUGUUUAUAUAUAGUCCCACCCAUAUUAUUUAAUUGUUGUUACAUCAGCUCUCAUCAGCACUCAAACCUGUCAGGUAUUUAAAGCACAUUUUAUAUUUUA